AUGGGAAAAGAGGAGUCUGCUGAUGCGGUGACGGGUCUAUCCAACAGCGCGGGCACGCAUGCUGUUGAUUCGGCUCUGAGUAGGAUGUUGAGGAAUUCGCGUAGCGAAGGCGAAGAUGCUAGGAACUUGAGAGAAAAGUGGAAACCUCACCUGCAAGAUGCUAUUAAAAUUCCUGCACAGUAA